CCCACUCCCAUACUCUCAUACACAGUCUUAUCCCCAGCCAAUCCUCCCCGGCCUCUCCCGACCUCCCCCCCCAUUGUGAUCGCGUGCCUCUGAUCGUUUCCCUGUUCUAUCCAAUUUGUACUCCAUCGUUCUCUGCCAAUCCCAUGCCAUGGCCGCCAUCCUUCCGAUUUUCCGACACAGCCUCACUUUGUUCGCACAACCGCACUAGUUGGUCUUACCCACGCUGCGCCUCGAUAGGCACGUGCACGCUUUAUUUGGUUUGGCAGUUCAGCCUUGUUCAACCUCUCGAGCCAAGUAUCUCUGGGCCCUUGGCCGACAAAUAGAUUGUUCGCGAUCCGUCUCCAAAAGAAACUUGCCGACGGGCUGUGUCUAUUGAGCAGAGCUUUAUCUCAUCGACGAAGACGCUCUUAAGAGGGCCUCCCUUCUCGAUCUCGAUCUGCUCGACUGCUGCAAGUAAUUUUUUUUAAGAAUACCAGCUCCCAUUGCAUCUCAUCUUCAUGGCCGUCUGUGCGUCGCGAUAAGAGCAACAGCUAAGCUGUACUUCAACUUGUGCCAACUGAGGAUUUGGCACGGCUACCCUUGCAUCCAAGCACACGACAUUCGCGCGGCAGCAUCUUACCCUCGAGAAUGCCCAGCAAUGGCUCACACUGAAAUGGAACCAGACACUGACACCAGUCGCAUUCGAAACUGGCGAUCAAUUGUCACAUUGCUCGUUUUCAUCAUCACCAACUGCAUCGUCCUGUUCCCUUUCCAUAUCCCAAUUUACGUCCCUCGGUCGCUCUCAAAUGCGUUCCUUGAUACCCUGAGCACAUUGCGAGUAAUAUCGCCGCGCUCUCACCAUGACAGUGAUGAUAAUGGCAAAGUCAAGCCCUUUGUGCGGCUGAACUUCCCCAUGAACUUUGUAACUGCGCCCCUAAUAGCAGACCUAUUUCUACUUGCCAUCCUAGCUAUCGGCCGCAAGGAGGUCCACGAUGGCACGAUUGGCGCAGACAACAUCUCCCCAAUUGAUAUCAUGGCCUUCUUCAUCACGUUGGCGUACAUCGCCAUUUCCAUCGACGCUUCCGGCCUGAUCAGAUUCUUGGCAUUCAAGGUUCUCCAAAAAGGUGGUAAAGUUGGGCACCGGCUGUUCUUCUACCUCUAUAUCUUCUUCUUUGGCCUGGGCAGCUUCAUAGGGAACGACCCCAUCAUUCUGUCCGGCACCGCCUUUCUCGCCUACAUGACCCGCGUGUCGAGCAACAUCGUUCACCCCCGGGCAUGGAUCCACACUCAAUUCGCUAUAGCAAACAUUGCGUCCGCGAUCCUCGUCUCCUCUAACCCGACCAACCUUGUCCUCGCUGGUGCUUUUAACAUCAAGUUCAUCAAUUACACCGCAAACAUGAUUGUGCCUGUUGUUGUCACGGCCAUUGUCCUCUUCCCUUUCUUGCUUUACAUCAUCUUCGCGGACGAGUCUCUUAUCCCGCUCUCGAUCAAGAUGCACGAACUGUCAGAUGAAGCGAAAUCGAGAAAACCCGCAAAUCCCAACAUUCCUCACUCUAGGGGAAAUGUCGAGGAAGAAGAGAUCUUGGCGGCAAACGACGAGCAGGCCAACACUCUCUCCUUGGAGGAGAUUAUGAAUCCAUUCCUAGACAAGGGAGGCGCGGCAUUCGGAGCCGCUGUCAUGGCGGCGACUCUUGUUACUGUUCUCGCGCUCAACGCUGCUAGCCAGAGCGGCAACGAACGUCCUGUUUACUGGGUGACUUUGCCGGGCGCGUUUGUCAUGUUUUGCUGGGACUUGGGAUUCGGGUGGUUCCAUCGGGAGGAGACACGCAGUAUCGCGCGCAAAGGCCGGCAAGAAGUCGAGGCUGCUCGAGCCGAACGUGCAAACAGAGAGUCUGCUCUUGACCAGGAGGGCCCAGUAUUCGGACAUGCCAUGGUUCUGACAGAGUCGCCUGUGGCUGAACCAGCUCGGGCAACUGAGAACGAGGGACAAACCCACACGCCAACCCCGUCCGAUCGAUCAGCUAGCGCUAUUGGUAUUCUCGACGAGAAGCAGGAGUUAGAUCGAGAUUCUGCUUCCAAACCCCGAGUCGUAGUGACUUUGAGCGAACCGGCGGACGACAAGAUACCACCAUCUGAGCGAAGUCAAAAACAUGAGCGUGCAACGCUUACAUCGCUCGGUGCAGAUGCUUACAGAUGGUCUCAGGAGACAUUCCCUACCGUCACGGCCGUUCUAGCGCAUCUACCGUUCGCACUUAUUCCCUUUGCUUUCACCAUGUUCAUCCUUGUGCAAGCGCUGGUUACCAAAGGUUGGGUAUCUGUCUUUGCCUACGGAUGGGAUCAUUGGGUUUCCAAGACAGGGACUGUCGGUGCCAUUGGCGGCAUGGGUUUCCUGUCUGUUGUUCUUUGCAAUUUUGCCGGCACCAAUAUCGGCACCACCAUUCUUCUGUGCCGUGUAGUCCAAGCAUGGACGGAUAUCCACGACGAAAACCUAAUCCCCAUCAGCAAUCGGACAUUUUGGGCAACAGUAUAUGGAAUGGCUAUUGGCGUGAACUAUGGAGCGUUCAGCACGGCAUUCAGUGCGUCGCUUGCUGGUAUGCUAUGGAGGGAUAUCCUCGCUCGGAAACACAUCCAUGUUAAGAGGCUCGAUUUUGCACGGGUGAAUCUUCCAAUCAUCGCAAUCUCGAUGGCCGUCGGUUGUACCGUCCUCGUUGGCCAGGUCUAUAUUGUUCGAGAUACCUCGCCUUACAAUGCGUGAAGAUGAGUAAUUCUUCACAUAGUGCUGGCGACGACGUCUUUAAGCUUUGAGGUGUGACUGGUGGUAGGGGAAAUACUAUUUCUCCACAACCACUCUGAUCCCACAAUCAUUACCGCAUCAACCCAAUAUCAGCACACACAUACCCCGGAUUCUUCGUCUGGCCCAUCGAAACAUUUAGCAAUUUCACGAACUUAACGACUAAAAGUAGCGUUGUACAUAGAUAUAUUAUAAUUGAUCCUCUCAAUAGAUUCUGGCGAUAACA